AUGCGCUUCCUCACCACCAUCUUCCUCGUACUCGUCAGCCUCGCCGCUCUCGCAAGCGCGGGCGGCGAUAAAAAGAAUGGCGGCCAAAUGAGUUUCGAGGAUGUCGUGAAAACAUGCGUCUACGAGUGCAAGGAAGGUCCUCACUGCAGGCACUACUGCGAGUGCAUGGUCUACAAGAUGAUCGGCAAGAGUGUCAAGUGUACAACUGAUAAGUGCAAGAAGGCUCCUACAGGUUGUGAGAAGUACGAGCUCAGUGGCAAAGUUCGUCGAGACGAAGAUACAUCUGCGGCCGUUGAUCAGGCUGCGUCUGCGACUGUUGAGGAGGCUUCGUCCGAGACUGCUGCUCAGGUCGACCCCGGAACCAUCAAUUACAACCAAGACGCUCCCGAGGACUUUGUUCAGACUGCUGAUGUCAACGGCGACGACAACACCUGCGCAACACAGGGCUGCUCCGAGGCCUUGCCGUAUUGCCUCAAGGCGUGCGGCUUUGGUCCCCAUUGUGAGGGUUACUGCGCCUGCAUGUUGCACUCGAACCCGAAGUCAAUCUGCCGCCAACAAGGCUGCGUCGAGGCUCCUCAAGACUGCGAUCAAUGGGAGUUCACCGACCACGACAUUGCUCUUGCUGGCCCAGAGACUGCCGACUAUGAGCAAGUCGCUGCCGCUGCCAACGCUCGCGAGGGAAGCGACGACGACGACGUUAACAGCGAACACUGCAAAGCUUGCCGCGACGCUGGGUACGAAUGUAGCAAGAAGUGCGGCGCCAACGAUAUGAUCUGCAAGGCUCUAUGUCUGUGCGCGAGCACUGCGGAGGAUAACUGCGGCAAGUGCAAGUCCGUCGACUGCCCACGCACUUAA